CCGCACUAGAAGCGGGCGGGGGUAUGUCACAAAAUCCCUAUUUGCCCUGGGUUGUGGGCAGAAAUUCGGCAUCUUCCCCGGGUCUGAAAUGGCCGAUUUUGGUGGCCCAGCCCGGGUUCUUUGGUUUGCGGUUUUCCACAUACCUUCCUGGCCAGGUGGCCAGUUUGUCAAUCAUGCAGGGGGCUAGAAAGGAUGCCCCGCUGCGAAGUUGGAUCCUGCCCCCCCUCUGGCCACAUACCUUCCUGGCCAUGUGGCUAGUUUGUCACGCAGGGGGCUAG